UUAAGAAUGAAUGCGUCGGUCGUUUGAAGAUAAGGUUCGUGAAAUUUACAGAUCGUUAUGAAAUGUAAAUAACAAAAGUAUAGAAUGUAUAGUCUCAAAAUGUUGUAUAGUAACACAUCUUAUCAAUGAAAUUGUUAACAGUUCUUGUUAGUGACAUCUGCAACAUUUUGAAUAUAUAUUGCAGGCUUCAGCUAUGUAACACAUGUUCCGAUAACAAUCUUUUUUAUAAUAACAAUCCGUAACAUUAUUAAUCAAACGUGAUCUAAAUUGUUUGCGUCUAUGAGUAUUAUAUUCCCUACAUUUUAGGAAGACAUGAUUUAUACAUUAUUAAAUUCUGUAUUGUACAGGAACGAGAGAAUAUUGUAACAUUAAACUGAAACACUAAAUUUCACUGUAAAAUCAGAAAGAAGAGAAAGUGAUGUAUGUCUAAUAAAAAUAAUACUCUGAAAUGGUUGUGUAUUUAAUAAAUAACAUUAUCCGAUAAUAAUACAUUAUGUUAUAUAUAUAUAUAUAUACAUGAAUAUCAAUAAAAAAAUGAAUAACCAGAUUUGUUUGAGUUUGCAUCUAUAUUCAACAUCUAAUCUAUUAUUCCUUAAAACCAAGUCGUUUUAACUAAGCAAAUAUUUUUUUGUUUAAAACGUUUAAAACGCCUAUUAAUAUAUACAAAAUUUCAAAAUGGUUUGCUGCCGUUCCGUAGAAGUGGAAGAUCGAAGAAUAAAAAAACCUUAUUUGGGAGGAUGGAAGCAUAAAAUUACCCAAGUAGAGUAUUUAAAUGCCGAAUCGCAAACAGGCCCCCUAAGGAAGCCAGAAAAAGAAAAGUGCAGUAAAAAAGUGCAAUAUAUUUCUUGGACAGAUGUAUUUACGCAAACACCAUGCGUUCAUCCAACACAGAUGUGGCGAUCUGAUUACUUUAUAUCGGCCGAAUCGGAUAAAUAUGUAACAUCAAAACCAUACGAAACAUACGAAGAAAUGAUGAAACGGCUGGAUUACGAUGGAAAGGCGCGAAUUAUCCAAAGAAACUAUAGAAUAUACAAAUUAUUGAAGUAUAUCAAAGAAUAUGCGAGACAGUACCGAGAGUUAGUCAAAGGUUGUAAGCUAUACGAAGCAGAAAAGAUAAUGUUAUACAGGAAGAGGCAUCAGCAGGAAAUUCUUCGAACAAUUCAUCCCAAAACUCGAUCGGAUUUUGAUCUGUUAUAUGGUUUGGUUGAAAAAUGGAGACGCGAUCGCCUUGAAUGCGCGAAGCUACGUUUCUUUAAACCUGCCAGAUGUGCAGAAAAUCACGAAAUUUUGGAAAAAACCAUAGAAAUGUUGAAUGUAAUCGACGAGAAAAGACAGGCGGUGAGGCAGCGCUACAGGAAGCGGAAACGCGCGAAAUUUGUUGCGGUUAAUUGCAAGCCUAUUCUGUGGAACGGUUACAAGAAUAAAUUGCUGGAAAUGGACACAAUGAGAAACCAGAAGGCAAGAGAAUUGAAAAUGAUUUACGACUCGUUGAUGAACUACGAUGUUACUCGCGAGGAACGCAUGGAGAUGCUCACGAUACUGAAGAAAUCGUUGGAGAUACACAACUGUGUGUCUGUUUUCCAUUUGAUACGACUCUUGGACGAAGAGCUGACCUACUUGGCAAGGGGGAUGAAACGCAUGUCACUAGGCUACUUUCGAGAAAGGAUAGUUUACAGUUACUUGAACUUUUUACGGACGUCGCACUCGUGCUGUUGCGUGAACAACGACAGAUACUUUUGUAAGAACGUAGAUGACGAAAAAUUGCGAGAACCAAUUGAACCUAUAACGAAAUUGUGUCACAGUUGUUUGAAAUUGCUUCCUAUUCACCAAUUCACUGUUCAUGGAAGGAUGAAAAGGCUGUCUACUUGCGUUGGUUGUACUUGGUUGCGUGAACGAAAUAUUAGACACGUGAACUACGACCCUUACAAAUUUCUACUGGACUGUGUGCGCUAUGAGGAAACGAAAAGAGAAUCACCUUCGGCUAUCGCGUUUAUGAUGCAAAAACACGACAUGUACCAUUUGGUGAACAAUAUUUGGCACGGCCAUUCUGUAGUCAGUGAAAAUAGAGAUAUGUUCCUAUUACGGAUCGUUCGAUACGACGUAAACGAGGAGUGGUCACCGUGGAAUUGUAUCCUUUUAACCGAGGAAGAGGCUGACGUUCAUUGCAGUAUCAAGGAUCUCGCGAGCGUAUACUCGAAGCCACUUAUCGAAAAAAUCUUGUUGUCUCAUCAGUUAGCGAAAAACCAAUUCAAGCAUUUGAGACAGUUUGAGAAGGAGUUUCAAGGUAAAUUUCAGAAAAUCGAAGAUAAAGCGGUGUACAAUGCAGCGAUCAAAGUGGACGAUUAUCUUUUUACGUGAUAUACUUUGCUGUAUCUAAUCGUCUGUUCGCUCUUUCAAUAUAAUCAAAUUAUAAGGUUAUUUUCUACUUAAAUAUAUUUAUAUAUACAUAUA